AUGGGCCUUAGAACCAUCCUUGGAGGAAUGCGAAGCACACCAAUUAGGGACAUGGAGAAAACAGCUGCCAUUCAACCCCUAGAGUUAAGAAGAGAAUACAAGACUCUGACACAGGGAGAAAAAAGUAACCGGUUGAAGACCCAUCCCCUACACCACGUGCUCCGAAAAGAACCGAUGACGAGGCUGAAACGCAAGAGCAUCAACACCAUCACGAAGGCCCUGCAAAAGGAACACCAGGACAUACUGAAAAGCGAACCUGAUCUAUGCGAAGACCUCACAAUCUCCAACUGGUCAAGGGAACGUAAGCUUCCAGAGAUAAAGCUCCAUGUUCCAAGCCUCGAGCAAAAAGGAUCCCAGACGCCAGAAGUCCAGAAGGUACUCACCCUCGAGAUGAUAGACAGAAAGUAUCCCCAUAGUACCUGGACACACGUCUAUACAGAUGGCUCAUCUCAGAAUGCAGUUAGCAAUGGAGGAAGUGGUUUUUUUAUCAAACUUCAAGACAGAAGCUCCCACUCCAUAUCCGUACCAUCCUGCAUUCUCUGCUCAAACUACAGAGCUGAGAUGCAAGCCCUAAACUCAGCCACUGACUAUCUGAUCACCACCCAAGAAGGUGUAGGAGACAAUCUCGUCUUGCUGACCGACUCUCUGUCUGCAUUACAGGCCCUUAUGGCUGCAACAUCAGACCAACUGACGGAGAAUCUAGUGAAGAACAUGAGUAGUCUUCUUCAAGACAGAAGAGUAGUCCUCCAAUGGAUACCAGCUCACGUAGGAGUACCAGGAAAUGAACGGGCAGAUCAAUUGGCGAAGGAAGGUAGCAAGCAGCACCAAACAAAAACCAGAAUGACCUACCGGGAAUCAAAAACAUUACUCAAGACGAAGCUGAAAAACCAAUGGAGAGACGACACUGAUGGGUACCAGCCAUGGAAAGACAGCAUCCACCAACUUGACAGAAAAGGCCAAGUCUCCAUCUAUCGACUCCGUACAGGGCACUCGUGCAAACUCCACCAGCACCUGAAAAAACUCGGGCUCCAUCCAACUGCUUCCUGCGAAUGUGGACUCGGCGACCAAACGCCCAGGCACAUUCUGCAGGACUGUCCCUUGAUGAAAAGAAGACAGGAAUUUUGGCCGGAGCCAUUGUCACUGAAGACUAAGCUAUGGGGAACAGCCGAAGACCUGCAACAAACAGCCGAUUUUGUCGCGGCGCACGACUUGAGGUUUUAA